AUGUCGCACUUUCCGAGCGCCACAACGGACGGGAGUCCGCAGCAGCGACCUCGGAGCGGAACUCGCGUCGGGGAGCAGCCUCCUGCGAACAUUUUCCUCUAUGCGCCCAGGAUGCGAACGGAGUUGCCGGAUCCGCCCAUGGACCUGAAACUGUUGCCAGUGCUCCGGUCUGAGCGGGUUCUAGGGACUGCUUCUGCGACAGAGUCGAGCGCUGAAUCGAUCGGUGCCUCGUCAGAGCCGAGCUCCGCAGCAGCAGCAGCAGCAGCAGCACUGGCGAGUAAAGCGGUAGAGCUAUGGGAAGAGGAGCGAAGCGCCCUGGAGCGACUAGCAGUUUGCGUUGAGGGCAUGCGUCCAGCCGGGGGCAUGUGGCUCCUGGAACUGGCAGCCGCGUUUGCGGACACGCUCGACGUAGCAACAGCGCCUGGCGUGAACCCGCAGACAACGGCGCUUCCGUGGACCUAUCGUCCGCUGCAAGGAGCGGCUGCUGAGCUGGUGCGGAAUGAGAGCGCUCUUGCAGCAGUUUACGCACCAGUUGCGUCUGAAAGCAACGAGAACCGCGUUGAUCAGUCUUCGCUGGCUCGAUCACUGGAACAUGUGGCACUUGGGGCCAACGCUAUGGAAGCGGCCCUUCCGGGUCUGAGCGCCAGGAAUGCGCAAUGGAUGCGACCUCCGCAGUACGACGAAUUCCUUUCCUUGAAAGCCGGUGGCGCUCCCGAGGUCAGCGGUGUCUUGCGGCCAGAGGCCAUGGCGCACUCGACAGCAGAGGGCGAUGCGAAGGUUCAUGAUUCCCUGAAUGCCGCAGCGCUUGCGGCAGACGCCCUAGCUAUCGAAGCGGAAUUUGAAGCAGCCACCCAACUCGAUGAAAAUUUGGCUGCGCUCAAGUACCCACACCCAAGUCCAGAAAAACGCGCCAGUGGCGGCGAGCGCCUACGAGCUAUCAAAAGCUUUCCGAUCGUGCCGGAUGAGCAGCUCUGGGAGGAGCCCUGUGGGUUGCUCAGUUUCCUCGAGGUGCCGAUGACCUGGCAAACACACCCCAUGACGUACGGUGUUGCGCAAGUCGACAGCACCGUCCCGACCUUGGUAUUCUUCGGGGAGAAUCUGACGGAUGCAACGGAGGCGCAAACUCCAGUCGAUCGAUUUGCGUACCAAUUAGAUACCCCGGAGAGUGCUCGAGAACUGGCAGGCUUCGUUUGUUUACACUUUUCUGGGAACAGUGCUUGUCUAGCACCCGUUUCCUUCCGCGUUCGGCCACAGUUGCAUGCAUGA